UUCCCGGUGCGCAAGGCAAGUGCAUUGAACUGGUAUUAUUAAAAAAAAUCGAGAAAACCCUCUCGACUUCCUCAUCCUUCCCACCGAAAAAGAAAGGAACCGCAAACCCUAACCUCCCAAUCACCGGCUCCGGCGCUCCGCCUCCGCCACAUGCGAAUGAUGGCGAGGGGCCGCCGCGGCCACGGCGGACUGGGGAGGUUCGGCGGCGUACGGGGCGACGAGCCGCGGGCUCGUUUCGGCGACCGCGAUGAGGUCCCUCCGCCGCGGCGGGCGUCGGGUUGGGGGGUGGCGCCGCCGUCGCGGCACCUGUGGAUGGGCGGCCUGGCGCCCGGCGUCACGGCGUCCGACCUGUCGGAGCUGUUCCUCAGGUGCGGCGAGGUGGAAUCCAUCGCCCGCGACCCGUGCCGGAGCUUCGCGUUCGUGAGCUUCCUGCGGGAGGAGGACGCCGUCGCGGCGGUGCGGGAGCUGCAGGGGGUCCGGCUCGGCGGGGCACCCGUUAGGAUCGAAUUUUCCAAGGGGGAUAAGGCUUCGGGUAUCUCAAAGGAUGACAGAUAUACACAAUAUGCUGAUGAACAACAUUCUAUUGAACAUGGAAGAAAACGGAAACCAAGUCCUGAAACAACAAUAGAUAAAACUAAAAGAAAUAGGUCUACAGAACCUAGUGAGGUGUUAUGGAUAGGGUUUCCUCCUGGUUUAAAGGCAGACGAGGCAACUCUGUGGGAAGCCUUUUCGCCUUUUGGGGAGAUUCUCAGGAUAACAACAUUCUCAGGCCGUGCAUAUGCAUUUGUCCAGUACACUAGUAUUGCAGCAGCCUGCAGGGCAAAAGAGGCACUUCAGGGAAAGCUUUUCAAUAAUCCACGAGUAAGCAUAUGCUUUUCUCGGAAUGAAGGUGCUGUAGCAGAAUCUGGGAAACGAUCCUUUGUUGCUCCAUAUUCCCCCCAAUCUAGUGCUCGUCCUAUCUUCAGAGACCAAGAUUUUGAAGCCUUUCCUAGGGCUAGGCCUUUUGAUAGCCCUCCAAGAGAUUUCCUCAUGUCAUCACCACAUUUUGGCCCCAAUAGAUUAUCGAGAGAUGCAGAUGAUGCGGGCUUCAACAGGGAUAACUAUUUUCAACAGGAACCUAGAGUAGAGCUUGGCCUUGUUUCACCUUUUAGAAUACGGGAGCCAGGUCCAGAAAAAAGGAUGCCUGAGGAAUUUUAUGAGCAACUUAGACGCAGUCCUACUUUUAGGAGUGAUGCACCAUGGCACAACAUUCCUUUUGAUAAACCUCGGAGACCCUUACCAUUGGAAGAUUCUUGGGAUGUUGAAGAUAAUUCAUAUCCAUUUUCAAAGAAGCUGAGGGGUGGUCAAGUCCAUGAUACUGAACUUCCUGAAUACCCUUUCUCAGAAUUUGAUCGUGGAAAAGUUUUCCCUGACUACCCAAGGAGGCCCCUCCAUGAUCUGCCGGAAGAUGAUUUACACACUAGAACUUAUCAAUUUACUCCUAUGCAUGGUAGACAUCACAUUGAUCCCUUAAGGAAUAUAACUCCACUUGUAGAUAAACAUAAACCAUGGUGUGUUCAAGACAGUUUUGCUAGGAAUUCAGGAGAAAUGGGUAGAUCGACUCCUGAACAUCAUGAGCCUGCUCUAAAGGGAGAAUGGAAAUGGAAUGGUACAAUAGCAAAGGGAGGUACACUAAUCUGCCAAGCUAGAUGCUUCCCUGUUGGCAAGGUCCUUAACUUCAUGCUGCCUGAGUUUCUGAAUUGCACUGCUAGGACAAGUCUAGAGAUGCUUGCUAAGCACUACUAUCAAGCUGCUGGCAGCUGGGUGGUAUUUUUUGUUCCGGAAAAUGAUGUGCACAUGGCAGCUUAUAAUGAUUUCAUGAAUUACCUUGGUGAUAAGCAGCGUGCAGCAGUUUGUAAACUUGGAGAGAGGAGCACCUUGUUUCUUGUUCCACCUUCAGAUUUCUCUGAGCAAGUACUGAGGGUGCCAGGCAAAGUCAGCAUAUCUGGAGUCAUUCUGAAGUUUCAGCAGUCAAAUCCAGAUUAUAGCUCACCAAAUCGCAAAUCAUCAGAGAAAAUUCCCCCAUCCUCUGCAAGUUAUUCGAAAACUGAUGUACACAUUCAUGAAGAUCUGGAUGCACCGAGAAGACUCAAUCCAUCAGAUAUCAGGGCAUUCCCACAUGGUCCAGAUUAUCUCCACUCAUCAGCUGGAAGCUAUACUCCAGAUUUUAUUCUGCCUUACAAGCCAGAGGGUGCUCCUCCAUAUGUUGGCUCUCAAUUACCGCAAGAAAGGCCACCAGCUGACCACCGCAUGGGUAUAGCACAAGACAAACACCAGCAACUCUCGAACAUGUUUCCCUCAGGAUGGCCUAAUAAUAGUAAUGAUCCAAGUCCAGGUUCUGGUAAUUUCAGUUCUUUGGCUCAGAGUGCAAUCUCACACGCAUUAAAUAACAGGACAAUGGAGCCAAAAGGGACGACACAUGGGUAUGCACCAGGUGAAGCAUCAAACAUUAUGUCCUGGCCUCCUGUGGAACCCAAAUCCCAGCAGGUUGCUAGACCUGAUCAACCUCCUAUCCCAGUAUCACUGCCACCGGAUCAACUUGCACAACUGGCCACCCUUCUUGCACAACAAAACCAACCUGGAAAAGAAAUUGGUUUCCCUGUAGACUGUUCAAACAAACAAUCCGGAUUCAUACAGAAUUCCAAUUCACAUGGACAUGCUAUGAUGAUGCCUGGCAGCUCGAGUUCCAUACUUGUUCAGAACUCUCUGCCAUAUGUUCCAUCAUCUGUGCCACAAUUACAGGUCCAUGCACCACCAAUACAAGGCUUACUACCACCAAAUUCACCCAUUACGCUUGCAGCCAGUGCCCCUAUACUUUCUAACUCCACUUUUCCUAUACCACCCAUGCAUGCUUCUGUGAGUCCAGCUCAUUCUUCCAUGCCUUUGGGAUCGUUUGUUCCUCCACUUCCUGAAGGUCCUCCGCCCUUUCACCAGCACACAUCAAGUGCUCCUGCUGUGCAACCUUUAGUUCCUUCUGGCCAGCAGCCUAGCCAGCAACUAUCCGCCCAAGAAGAACUUGUUGGAGACCCUCAAAAGCGCCUUCAAGCAACAUUGCAGUUGGCAGCAACCCUUCUUAAGCAGAUACAAAAACAAUCAAAUCCUGGUGGUCAGAAAUAUAUAUGAGGUCGUUGCUAAUGUCAACCUGCAAGGAUCAUAUGGUGCUAUUCCUUUUUGUCCUAAGGAGUCUGAAACUGAUAACAUACUUUUCUGUGGUUUUAUACCAUCACCUCCCGUGUUGUAAAUGUGAUAUGAUCGCCUCCUUGUAUGCCAUUAGGCAUUAUCUGUGGUCUCUUUCCCUAUCUAUAAACAGUCAAGCUUAAUGAUAGAAUUUUGUUAUUUUCUUUUCUUCAGAACAUCUUUUUUAUAACAUGGACUGGUUUACAAUGGUUCCAAUGGCUCUGAUGUCAUAUUGUCAUGGCUUCCAUGAACAACACAGUAAUGCAGUUUAAUUUUGAAGCU